AUGCCCAAUAAGCAAUCUUGUUGUUGCUGGAGAAACCUUCGUCUCGGUUGCUACGCAGCGGCGUUCUUUGCGAUGGUUUACUUCUCCGCAACCACCGUAAACAUGGAACAUUUCAGAGAAAUUGACCAUCGUUACCUUAGUGGUAAAAUGAAAGAACCGGAACCAAAAAGCUUUUUGGAACCUAAUAAAAUCACUCCAAUUACCGUUUCUUUGAACAUCACUCGGUCAGUAUGUGGUUCUUUCGGAUUCGUUGCUUGUAUACUCCUAAUCAUAGGUGUCUACAAGGAUAUUAAAUACUUAUUGCUGCCGUGGAUCGUCGCAAUGGGACUUAUAAUUCUUGUAGAAUUAAUCAAUGUCGUCUACGAAUUUUAUAUGGGGACUCUCAACUUUAAUCCGAUAACUUCGUUCCUGAUUACUUUGGAUUUCCUCACCUUGGCGCUCAAUAUUUAUGCCAUGUUUUGCGUAAUAUCACAGUUUCAAGAGUACUUAAAAGGUCGUGGUACCGCUGCUUUUGAUGAAUCGGACAGGCUCGCCGCAGUGCAAUACACUGCCACUGCCCAGCAUACCACCACCACCAGCUCUGCCCCGAGUGGUCGUCGUCGAUCCGCCGGAAAGCCCAUGCCGAGUUGUGAUCCCGAGGAGUUCUCAGAGGCCCCAAGAAGCACAAAGGCUAAUACUUCCGCACUUUCGAAAAUUUCACACUCUGCAGUAAAAAAACACGUACAGUUUCCCGAUGAACAGAGUAGCAUCGAAGAGGUCACUGAAGGCCCAGUGAACAUAGCAGAAAAUUCCAUUAACUUUAAAAUCAACAAAAAUUUAGGAAUUAACGGCGCAGCCUAA